AUGAAACCUCAGUCCGCGAAACCCAGCCUUAGCGUCGACGAAGACUCACUGCGCUCGACUUCCACAACGGCAUCAAGCAUUUCACGAGCUAGCGCUCGGAGUUCCAGUGGUUCACAAGUCGAGCAAGGCUGUAUUUACAACAUGAGCGACUGUUAUGAGAGGCUGAGAGCGAUGGUGCCGGAUAUCCCUGCACGAAGAAGAAUGAGCAAGGUCGAGAUCCUCCAACAUGUUAUCGACUAUAUUCAAGAUCUCGAGUCAGCUUUGGAACUGCCGCAUCUACAGACGAACAACUUCGUGAAGGAUUCAACGAACAGAACAGAUAGGGAAAGCCAAGCAGAUGCAAAGAUUGCCAGAAUGACUUGA